AUGGAUUUCGACUACAAUAUGGGUUUCGACUGGGGUGACGUUUUCCGUCCCUUAAACACCGUCGAAGAAAUUCCUUCCGCCAUCGAAGCUGCCGUUCUAUCCGAGCUUAAAGCGACACUGCCGCUAGAAAACCUAUCAUCAGAGGAGCUGACAUCAACUCUCAAGCAAUGCGAAGAACCGCAAGGCUUCGGUUAUUUCCCCGAGUUAUGGGGAGAUUCGAAGCCGCACAUCCCAACCCAGGAGCAUUUGCUGCCAGCACUUACUGAUCAACCAAUGCAGAUGUGGAACGUGGAAAACACCGACUUGAAAGUUGGAGUAAAGUUUUUGGGCUACGCCGACGAGCUCAACCUACCGUCGCAGCCAGUGCAAAAACCUCCGACCACAAAGCUGAUGCGUUUCACCAGCCAAUGGAACUGCGAGCAGUGUGGAAAGGCCUUCAAGUCCAAAGGAGGCCUUACCCAGCACAACGUGAAGAUCCACUCCGGGCCAACACCACACAGAUGCGAUAUCUGCGGCAAGCGCUAUCGGGACUUCAACAGCAUGGAUCAGCAUCGGCAGCGACAUCUGAUGAAGGACAAGCCCUGUAAGUGCAGCGAGUGCCCGAAGCAGUUCAUCCGAGAAUCGGAUCUCCGGCGACAUAUGGGGCUUCAUCACGGCGUCAGUCCACAUCGGUGCGACAUUUGUGGGAAGGCGUUUGACCGGGCCGACCAUUUAACGGAACACAAGUGGAGCCAUGCAAACGGAACCGUGAAGAAGCCUAAAGUUAAGCUGGAGAUGUAACGGGCUGGUUUUGAAGCAUGUAUUUUGUGUAAAUAAUAAUAAACUUGAUGAUCUUGUAGCAUGAAUUUCACUUGUUAUUCUUUCGAGGGUCCUUUCUAGUUGCAUACAUGAGUUUUCGUCUACUUUGGAUAUCUGCAUUUGUCUAUCAAUAUAUGGAACGCCACAGGUGCUACAGCGUUUAAAAUGAUAAAUUUGAUGAUUACAAAGCUACCACUUGUCGAAAUUCAGUUUCGCGUAAAGUUUGUUGCGAUGGCUGCGC